AUGGCGCGCGGGAAGGCCGAGGCUGCAAGGGUCAAGAUGUCGACUCGCAUCGCUGUGCGCGAUGAGUGGGAAAUAGCUGGCAUUCCCUCUCUUCGCUCGCCAUCGCCCACGUCCGAGAUCUUGAUUGGAGGCAGGCUGGUUGCUGCAUGGAGCAUGGCUGAGAACGGGCAGCUCGACUUUGACGCCGAGGUGGUAUACCACGGCAUGGAUGGGGAAUCGGACGACGGCAACUUUGCCGAGUUCGAGUUGGAAGCCCUGCACCAAGUACAAGAAGUUGCGCGGACUGAGAUGGAUUGCCAGAUAUGCUAUGCUCUCUUCUUCGAUCCGCUGACCACACCUUGUGGCCAUACUUUCUGCCGAUCAUGCCUGCACCGCAUUCUCGACCAUUCACUCUACUGUCCAAUUUGUCGUCGCAAGCUGGCGAUGAAUCCGUUACUGAACCGAAUAGCGUGCCCCGCCAAUGAGCGACUCGACCUGAUCAUCGAAACGUUUUGGAAGGAAGAAUUGCAUGCCCGCCAAAGCAUCCUGGAGGCGGAGGAGAUUGGACGGCAUGAGUCUUUAGAUGUCCCUCUCUUCGUCUGCACACUGUCCUUCCCCAUGGUCCCAACAUUCUUACAUAUAUUUGAACCAAGGUAUCGUCUCAUGAUCCGCCGGGCUGUGGAAGGUAACCGUAUGUUCGGCAUGGUUCUCCCAAAACGCGCGCGCUUUUCGAGCGACCGAGAAUUCCACGAGUUGGGUACACUUCUCCGCAUUGUCAACGUUCAGUAUUAUCCUGAUGGGCGAAGUUUGAUCGAAACGAUGGGCAUAUCUCGCUUCCGGGUGGUUGAGCACGGAUUGCUCGACGGUUACACCAUCGGGAAGACAGACCGGAUUGAUGAUGUCAGUCUCGAAGAGGAGGAGGCCCUGGAAGCAAGAGAAGUUACACCGGCUACUUCGCCCCAGUCUGAAUCUACGACAAGUGAGCACGGAUCUCCCGAUCUGGCUACGCAAACUCAAGCCCCUUUAGCUCUUGAGAACCAAGAAGAUAUCGCCAGGUUUCCGACAAAGCAGUUGCUUGAAUACGCCCUCGACUUUGUGGCACGAAUGAGAGCGAACAGCGUUCCCUGGCUGACGCAGCGCAUGUUGGAAUUAUAUGGAGAGUGUCCCGACGACCCCACCAUCUUCCCGUGGUGGCUGGCGAGCAUGUUGCCGGUCCGAGAACUCGAAAAAUACAAACUGUUAGAGACGUCAAGUGUGAGGGAAAGGCUCAAAAUCUGCUGCCGGUGGAUUAUGGAAUGGGAACAAUCCAGAUGGUGA